ACGUGACAAAAUUGGCAGUUUGGCUGUAGUUAACAGUUGGAAUUGGAAGCAGGGAAAAAAAAAGGAAAAUGAAAUGCUGCCCAGUCCAAUAAGUAAACCCUAAUCCCCAAAGUUGAAUCAAAAUCGUCUGCUGAGAAUGAGAAUGGCUACCCAGUCGUCCUCCCAAGGUUCGCGUAGCAGCACCAAGAGUCGUGGGAGAAGGAGGACUUGCUUCUGUGGAGAGAGACCGGUAUUGCGCACGUCAUCUACAGCGGAGAACCCAGGAAGAAGAUUCUGGGGCUGCGUCAACUUUCAGAUAGGAGAUGGAUGCGAUUAUUUUGCUUGGGCAGAGCCUGAAGGACAAGAUCCACAAAUUCAAAGACUGAAGAACAAAGCAAGCUCGUUGAAAGAAGAACUGCAGAAAGCUGAAAGGAAGUUUGCAUUGGCACUUGGUGUUGGAAUUGUUGGAUGGACACUGGCUGGGCUGCUGCUAUGUGAUCGACUCAAUUGAGGUUUAGGGGGUUAGCAUUUUGUUUAUUUUUGCCAUUCUGUUGUUGUCCCCUGGUUUGUAGGGAAUGUCAAUUGUUUAGGGAUUGAAAAAAUUGACAUACAGUUGGGUGAUAACAGUAAUGUAAAGAGAAUGAAAUUUUUUUGUGGCUGUGUCUGUAAAGCCAUUUGCUGUAAACAUUGUAAGGUUUUUGAUUGAAAUGAAUAGCAAUGAGUUCCUGUAUUGUGACAUA